UUCCCGUUCCCAAACCUGAGCUGAUCGCCCGGCUGGAACGAGGGGAAGAGCCCUGGGUGCCCGACCUCCAGGCCGCGAAGGGAAGAGAGAUCCUGAGAGGCACCCGCACAGGUGAUGGGACAGCCAGUGAGAAUGAAGAGGCGAAUCAACAGCAGGAGGUUCCUGCGAAAAUGGAAACUCAGGUGACCUUUGUGGGAAGAGCUGAAGAGAAUGUUUCCCAGUGCCUGGAACAGGAAAAAGCCUGGGGAAACUGGCCCAGACCGGAGAGGCUGCUGGGAAACCAUCCAAGUGAGCAAAUGGAUAAAUCUGUAAAAUGUGGGGAAGGACACAAGGAUCCCACAGCCCAGCAGACAAACCUCAAGGAAGAGAAACACCAGGAAUGGCUCGGUUCUGGGAAGGGAUUUCUUGUGAGCCCAGAGCGUAUUACAGUGCAGACAGUAGGUGCUGGAGAGAAACCCCUUCAAUGCUUGGACCAUGGGGCAAGCGUAAAUAACAGCUCAGAGCUUAAUACUGACAGGGGAAGCCAAAUGGGAGAGAGAGGCUCUCAGUGCCAUCAGAGAGGGAACUCUCUGCAUUGGAAUUCAGCCCUGAGGACACACGAGACGAGCUGCUCAGGAGAAAGACCCCAUAAGCGUGUAGAGUGUGGGAAAUGUUUCAAAGGGAGGUCAGCUCUGAUUAAACAUCAAGCCGUCCACCCAGGUGACAGUCCCCAUAAGACUUCAGAUUGUGGAAAGAGUUUCCUGCAGAGCUCGAUACACCUUAAACCUCAAGCAAUGCACCCUGGAGAAAGACCCUAUCAAUGCUUAAACUGUGAGAAAAGUUUCAAAUGGAAGUCAGGCCUCGUUUCACAUCAGAAAAUCCACACGGGAGAGAGACCCCAUCAGUGCUUAGACUGUGGGAAAAGUUUCAAAUGGAAGUCAGAUCUUGUUUCACAUCAGAAAGUCCACACAGGAGAGAGACCCCACCAGUGCUUAAUCUGUGGAAAAAGUUUAAAAUCGAGCUCAUCUCUUGGAUUACAUCUGAAAAUCCAUACAGGGGACAGACCUCAUAAGUGCUUAGACUGUGAGAAAAGUUUCAUACAGAGGUCCGACCUCAUUAAACAUCAGGCCAUCCACACAGGAGAGAAAUCCCAUAAAUGCUUGGAGUGUGGGAAAGGUUUCACAGAGAGGUCAUCUCUUCUCACUCAUCAGGCAGUCCACACUGGAGACAAACCCUAUCAGUGCUUCGAGUGUGGAAAAGGUUUCAUAUGGAAGACAUCUCUUGUUUCACAUCAGGUAAUCCACACAGGAGAGAAACGCCAUAAGUGCUUAGACUGUGGGAAGAGGUUCACAUUGAGGUGUGAACUUGUUGAACAUCAGGCAGUCCACACAGGAGAGAGACCUCAUAAGUGCUUGGAGUGUGGAAGAGGUUUCAUACGGAAGAUUGAUCUUGUUAAACAUCAGACAAGUCAUACAGGAGAGAGACCCCAUAAGUGCUCAGAGUGUGGAAAAGCUUUCAGAUGGAGAUUUGCCCUUGUGAACCAUCAGGCAGUUCAUACAGGAGAGAGACCCCAUAAGUGCUUGGAGUGUGGAAAAAGUUUCAUACAGAGGACUGACCUUGUUAAACAUCAGGCAAGUCAUACAGGAGAGAGACCCCAUCGAUGCUUAGACUGUGGAAAAACAUUCAUACAGAGGUCUCACCUCAAUCAGCAUGUGGCAGUCCACACAGGGCAAAGACCCCACAAGUGCUUAGACUGUGGGAAAAGUUUCGUUAGGAAGUCAGACCUUGUUGUACAUCAGAAAAUCCAUACUGGGGAGAGACCCCAUCAUUGCUUAGAGUGUGGGAAAAGUUUCAUACGACGGUCAGAUCUCCUUAACCAUCAGUUAAUACACACACGAGACAGAAACGAUGAGUGUUAAGCCAUGGAAAAUCUUUCACAUAGAGGUCUGAUGUUCUUAAACAACAGGCAAUGCACACAGGAGUGACACCUCAAAAGUGCUUUUACAGUGGAAAAAAAUGUCAUAUGGAUGUUAGCCUUGGUUUCAUAUCAGAAAAUCUACACAGGAGAAAGAUCCCAUAAGAGCGCCAACUGGGUAAGUUUCAUGUAGCUUCUUGGUCAUCAGGCCAUCCACACAGAGGAGUCCUCAUCCGUGCUUAAUUUGUGCACCAAGUUUCAUUUUGAAGUCAGCGUUUUGUAAACAUCAAGCACUCCACAGAGAAGGGCGACCCCAUUGGUUUUUGGAAUGUGGGAUGUGUUUCACAGGAAGAUGAAAUUUUAUAACUCAGAUGAUCCACAGAGGAGAGAGACCCCAUGAGUGAUCAGAGUGUGACGGAAGUUUGAUAUGGAGGUCAAGUUAUCCUAAGCAUCAGGAAUCCAUCCAGAAGGGAAAUCCCAUCUGUGGUUGGACUGUGGGAAAAGUGAGGCUAUUAUAAGGUGGGUACAUAACUGGCAGGAUAACCAUUCUCAGACUAUAGUUAUUAACGAUUCACGGUCAUACUGGAAGGGCAUAACAAGUGGGGUUCCACAGGGGUCUGUUUUGGCACCAGUUCUGCUCAAUAUUUUCAUCAACAAUUUAGAUGAUGGCAUAGAGAGGAC